UCGUCCGUGCUGGUGCUUUUGACUCAGCGGCAGCGAAAAAUGUUUUGAAAUCAUCUCGUGUCCCGUUAGCCAGAGAUCUUAAUUUGCACCCGUCCGCGUCAGUAGCUUUUCAGCGCUAGCGAACUCGUUAGCCGAGAAGCUAACGCGAUAGUAGUCCAUGGCGUGUAGCUCACACUCCCCUCGGGAGGAACGGUUGAAACGUCUCGUGGAUCAGCACGCUGCGAUGCCGACGGGUCUUUAGUUCCGAGGUCGGUGGCUCGAUUGCCGAAGAGAAAAGCUUCAGUUUUCAGCCUGGAGUUUAACGCUCAGUCCGUGAAAAGGUAGCGGCUCGCCUGAAAGUUUCUUUUCCCUCCCAGAUCCUAUACAAGUUCCCCAAAAUGAAGAUGUUCUCCGUCUCUCACAAGACUGCCUUUGUGGUGGACCACUGCCCCUACAUGGCUGAGUCAAGCCGUCAGCAGGUGGAGUGUGACGUGCUGACCAAGAGUCGAGCUCAAGGUGUCAUACCAUUGGCCCCAGUGUCCAAGUCUCUCUGGACCUGCGCAGUGGAGUGCUCAAUGGAGUACUGCAGAAUCCUCUAUGAUGUUUACCCAAUAGGCAAACUGGUCAAUUAUAUUGUUAGUGACUCAGAGUUCCACAUCUUGAAUAGUUGGAGGCAGGAAGACCAGAGCACCCAUGAGCUCAUGUCAGCUCUGGCAGCUGUUGGGCCACCUAAUCCAUGUGAGGACCCUGAGUGUUGUAGCAUCCUGCAUGGGUUGGUGGCUGCGGUGGAAUCAUUAUGCAAAAUUACCGAGCUGCAGCAUGAAAAACGCACCACCCUGAUGGAUGUGGCUGAAAGGGUAGCCAAUAGGGGGCGCAUUAUCUGCCUGACCAACGCAAAAAGUGACACUCAUGUUCGCAUGUUAGAAGACUGUAUCCAAGAAACCAUCUUAGAACAAAACAAGUUGGCAGCAGGCUCAGACAGACUGAUGGCCAUUCAACAGUGUGAGCUUGUUCUAGUUCACAUCUAUCCGCAGGGGGAGGACACACUGGUUUCUGACAGACCAAAAAAAGAGAUAUCUCCUCUGCUGACCAGUGAGGUUCACAGUGUUCGUGCAGGGCGGCACCUGGCAACUAAACUCAACGUUCUGGUCCAACAGCACUUUGACCUGGCCUCCACCACCAUAACUAACAUCCCCAUGAAGGAAGAACAGCAUGCUAACACGUCGGCCAAUUAUGACGUAGAGCUCCUGCAUCACAGAGACGCCCAUCUGGAGUUCUUCAAAAGUGGAGACCUGCACAUGGCUGGGAGCACCAGUCGAGAUAGCGGUCUCAAGGAGACGGUCACACUGAAAUGGUGUACUCCCAGAACCAACAGCAUAGAACUUCACUACUGCACGGGAGCCUAUCGCAUCUCACCCACUGAUGUAAACAGCCGUCCUUCCUCCUGCUUGACCAACUUUCUCCUGAACGGGCGAUCAGUGCUCCUGGAACAGCCACGUAAAUCGGGGUCAAAGGUCAUCAGCCACAUGCUCAGCAGCCAUGGUGGUGAGAUCUUCCUGCACGUGCUCAAUAGCACCCGCUCCACUCUAGAAGACCCGCCCUCCAUCAGCGAAGGCUGUGGCGGUCGAGUGACAGAUUACCGCAUCACUGACUUUGGAGAAUUCAUGAGAGAAAACCGGCUAACACCAGUAUCGGAAUCAUUUCCUGACCCCUCUGGAAAGCUCCCAGUUGAAAGGGCAAAGGCUCAGCUAGAGCGCCACACCCGUUACUGGCCAAUGAUCAUCUCCCAAACCACCAUCUUCAACAUGCAGGCAGUGGUCCCCUUGGCUAACCUGAUAGUGAAGGAGACUCUGACCGAGGAGGACGUGCUGACCUGCCAGAAGACAGUCUAUAACUUGGUGGACAUGGAGAGGAAGAAUGACCCUCUCCCCAUCUCCACAGUGGGUUCCAGAGGCAAGGGCCCCAAGAGAGAUGAACAGUACCGCAUAAUGUGGAAUGAACUGGAGACACUGGUAAAGACUCAUGCCGGGGCCACCGACAGACACCAGCGGGUUCUGGAUUGCAUCAUCGCCUGCCGUAGCAAACCGCCCGAGGAGGAGGAAAGGAAAAAGCGAGGGAGGAAGAGAGAGGACAAAGAAGACAGGGCAGAGAAAAACGGCAGCAAGGAUGCAGACGAGAAAAGCUGGCAGGACUCAGAAAGGCUAAAGGGUGCACUGGAUAAAGAAGAGCCAGAGUCAGAGGUGAUAAAGGACUCUCCUGACUCCCCAGAGCCGCUCAACAAGAAGCCCCGUCUGGCCGCGGAGGAGAUUCCGCCCUUAGAGAAGGCAAAGGGUCCAGUCUCUCUUCUUACCUUGUGGACCAAUCGGAUCACUGCGGCCAACUCGAGGAAGCACCAAGAAUUUGUGGGAAGAAUCAACUCUGUCAACAACAAGGCUGAGCUCUACCAGCACCUUAAAGAGGAGAAUGGUAUUGAUGUUCAUGAAAAUGGCAAGGCCUCCAGAUGAUGUUACCAAGGGUCCCCCUUGCAGCACCCUGCUAGGAGGAGGAGAUUGUGGGCCACAGCGGAUGUCACACUUUGGUGUCAGGACUGUUCUUCCAAACUCCCGAAAAACCAAGGACAUGGAAAUGGAAAAAGACACAACAUAAAUCAAUCAGUCACAAACUCCAACAUUGUUUUUCUAGUUUGUUUUUUUAAUCUUGAGAUUUUGUAGAUAUGCUGCUCACACAUUGUGUAAAGCAAUAAAGAUUGCCGAUAGCGAACUUUUUUCUUUUGUUUUCUUAAAGUAACAUCUGUUUGAAUCAUGGUUAUUAAUGAAUCUGUUUUGUUUGUUUUUUUACAUGCAUCACCAUUUGAAUCUUGGAAAAAAAAGAGUUGGAAAGUAUUGUUUUCAUGAUCGCAUUCUUAUUUGACUGAUUGACUGAGCUGUUUUUAAAGGUUUUGUAUGUACUUGAUGUUUUUGGGUUUUUUUUUUUUUUAUCUGACUGAUUUGUGGAAGCAUUUUUAGUGACUGAUCCUGUGAAAAAGACUUCCAAUGUCCUAUGAAGCACUUGUCAGAAAAGACAUCUAAAAAUCCUGCCGUUCCUUAUAAACAGUAUGAUAGCAAUAACUUCACUUUGUAAAUUGACUACGAAACUUAAAAAAAAAACUUCAGUCACAAUAACAGCUGAGUCGGUCUCACCUUACUCAAGCUUGAGAUGGAGGCAGAUGUGAAAAAUUGGCAUACAUCACAGGUCCAUCGAACUACAAUAUGUGCCAUCUCACCCAUCAACAUGGAUGAGGGAAAAUAAAGGACGUUUCCAUGUUAGCGCCUGCGAUAGAGGACACGUCAGUGUGAGUUAGACUGUAAAUGCAAAAAUGAACAUUUUGAUUUAUGUUUUCACUCAGUUUAAAUGGAUUUAACUUAAACAUCAAAUUCACUUUGUCUCAGUAAUUAUGAGUGAGAUAUCUAAAAUCAUUUGUGAAUUGCAAAGACUUUGCUUGCUUGCAAGCUGGCAAGUUUUUGCUGUUGAACCGUGUGUAAUUCAUGCAGUGUUGCUAUUGGUUUGAAAGGCAAACUUUUUACCUAAAG